AUGUUACUUGAAGCAUCUGACAGGCAAGCCUUGCUUGACUUCAAGUCUCAAGUUUCUGAAGGAAAAAGAUCUGUCUUAUCCUCAUGGAACAACUCCUUCCCUCUCUGCAACUGGAGAGGGGUCACAUGUGGCAACAAACACAAGAGAGUUACUCGUUUGGACCUUGGAGGAUUGCAAUUAAACGGAGUGAUAUCACCAUCUAUUGGUAACCUUUCGUUUCUAAACUCACUUAAUCUCUCUCAAAACUCUUUUGGUGGAACCAUCCCUCUAGAGGUGGGAAACUUGUUUAGACUUCAACACUUGAAUAUGAGCUUUAACUCUCUCAGAGGAGAGAUUCCAGCCACUCUGUCUAACUGCUCUAGCUUGUUGGAGCUUAGUUUAGAUAGAAAUCAUCUUGGAGAAAGUGUUCCCUCAGAGCUAGGGUCAUUGACGAAGCUUGUUGGUUUAUAUCUUAGACAAAACAACCUCAAAGGAAACCUCCCUGCCUCUCUAGGAAACUUGACAUCCCUUAGAAGUCUUGACUUGGGAGAUAACAAACUAGAAGGAGGAAUUCCAGAUAGUAUAGGUAGGUUGACUCAACUGGUGCUUCUUGAGUUAUCCGUGAAUAACUUCUCAGGUGUUUUUCCUCCUGCCAUCUACAAUCUGUCUUCACUUAGAUUCAUAGGUAUUUUUGGUAAUCGAUUCUCAGGCAGUCUCCGGCCUGAUUUUGGUAGUUUUCUACCAAACGUUCAAGAGUUGUCUUUGGGAACUAAUCAGUUCACAGGAACCAUUCCAGCAACACUUUCAAACAUCUCAACUCUGCAAAUGUUUGUAAUCAGCCGCAACCAUAUGAGAGGAAGCAUUCCUCCAAGCUUUGGAAAGUUACGGAAUCUGCAACAUUUAGUUCUUCAUGGUAAUGAUUUGGGAAGUUACCCUUCUGGAGAUCUUGAAUUUCUUGGAGCUUUGAGUAACUGCACCAAACUAAACACCUUAAGUUUAGGUGGUAAUAGGCUUGGUGGUGUUUUGCCUACUUCAAUCGGCAAUCUGUCAAAAAACCUCAUCAGUUUAGGCCUUGGAACAAAUUCCAUCUCUGGAAACAUUCCUCAUGAGAUUGGAAAUCUCGUUAGUCUACAAAGACUUCAGCUGUUUGAAAAUCUGUUGACAGGACCAAUCCCAACCUCUAUAGGGAAGCUUAUAAGAUUAGGCGAAUUAAGUCUCUUUUCAAAUAGAAUAUCUGGAGAGAUACCAUCUUCAAUAGGAAACCUCACUCAGCUACAGUCAUUGUAUAUGACCAACAUGAGUCUUGAAGGAAACAUUCCUCCUAGUCUUGGAAAUUGUAGUAACCUGCUGCAUUUAUAUAUUGGGCCGAGCAAGUUGAAUGGAACUAUACCUCUGGAAAUUCUGCAGAUUAAAACUCUUCUUGUUCUUGGACUGGGAGGUAAUUCUUUGACUGGCUCUCUUCCUAACGAUAUUGGACGGCUUGAAAAUCUCAUUGCAAUUAACGUUGCUGAUAAUAAGUUAUCAGGACAGCUCCCACAAACUUUGGGAAAAUGUCUCUCCAUGGAAGGACUCUAUCUACAAGGAAAUAGUUUUGAUGGAGCCAUUCCAGAUAUAAGAGGGUUAGUGGAUGUUACGGGAAUUGAUUUGUCGAGGAAUAAUCUAUCCGGUAGUAUUCCUGAAUAUCUUGCAGACUUUCCCAAGUUGCGGUUACUCAAUCUUUCAAAUAAUAAUUUUGAGGGAAGAGUGCCAACAGAAGGAAAUUUUCAGAAUGCUACUUUGGUUUCAGUAUUUGGAAAUAAAGAUCUAUGUGGAGGCAUCAAGGAGUUGAAACUAAAGGCAUGCAUUGCGCAAGCACCACCGGUGAAGCCAAAGCGUUCCUCACAUAUAAAGAAAGUUGCAAUCGGAGUUAGCGUAAGCAUAGCUUUUCUUUUGCUAUUGCUCAUAGUUUCUGUUUGUCUACUUUGGCUCAGAAGAAGAAACAAGAACCAGCAGGCUGUUAAUUCAACUCCUUCUAUGUUUGAGGUCUUUCAUGAGAAGGUAAGUUAUGGAGAUCUUCGAAAUGCGACGGAUGACUUCUCUUCGAGAAAUUUGAUUGGAUCAGGCAGUUUUGGCACCAUUGGAUCAGGCAGUUUUGGCACCGUGUUUAAAGCACUGCUUUGGAAGGAGAAGAAAGUUGUUGCAGUGAAAGUUCUGAACUUGCAGAGGCAUGGAGCAAUGAAGAGCUUUAUGGCAGAAUGUGAAUCUUUGAAGGAUAUAAGGCAUCGUAAUCUUGUGAAACUGUUGACGGCUUGCUCGAGUAUUGAUUUCCAAGGAAACGAAUUCAGAGCUCUAAUCUACGAGUUCAUGCCAAAUGGGAGCUUGGAUAUGUGGCUGCACCCGGAAGAAGUGGAAGAGACUCGUAGGCCUUCAAGAACCUUGACACUUGUUGAAAGGCUCAAUAUUACCAUAGACGUGGCUUCUGUUUUGGACUAUCUUCAUGUUCAGUGUCAUGAACCUAUAGCUCAUUGUGAUCUCAAGCCAAGCAACAUCCUCCUAGACGAUGAAUUGACUGCACAUGUUAGCGACUUUGGUCUUGCUCGGCUUCUCCUCAAAUUUGACAAAGAGGCCUUUCUCAACCAACUAAGCUCCGCUGGCGUUAGAGGAACCAUUGGCUAUGCGGCACCAGAAUAUGGAACUGGAGGUCAGCCAUCAAUAGAAGGGGAUGUGUAUAGCUUUGGGGUUCUCAUUUUGGAAAUGUUCACUGGAAGAAGACCAACCGAUGAAUUAUUCGGUGGAAACUGUACCUUACAUAGCUACACCAAGUCGGCGUUGCCAGAGCAAGUGUUGGACAUUGCAGACAAAUCCAUUCUUCAAGUUGGUCUCAGAGUCGGUUUUCCUGUUUCUGAGUGCUUGAAACUGAUUUUGGAGUUGGGACUUAGGUGUUGUGAAGAAUCUCCGAUGAACCGGUUGGCAACGACUGAAGCCACAAAGGAAUUAAUCUCAAUCAGAGAGAGGUUUUUCAAAGGCAGAAGAACAAACUGA